UCCGGAGUGUAGAUAAGGAAAGAGAAGGGGGACAGCUGGUGGCCAGCUUAGCUAGGAAUAAAAACGUGAACAGUUACGGUUGCUAGGGUAAUAAACAACAAGGGUCUUUGGGAUACCGGUUCCGGAGACAGUCUGGUCACCGUUGGCGGUCUGGCCGGAGUCCUGGUGCCAUUUUCGGGCUGUUCCUUCUCACAAAGCGGCGUGCCGAGGGAGGACGCGUCUCUUUGAAUAGACAGGAUGCAUGGACCACCCUCCGGCGACAGCGCAUGCCCAUUGCGCCUCAUCAGGAGAGUGCAGUUCGGCAUCAUCAGCCCAGAUGAGCUUAAACGGAUGUCUGUUACAGAAGGGGGAAUCAAAUACCCUGAAACCACAGAAGGAGGGCGUCCUAAACUUGGUGGCCUUAUGGACCCAAGACAAGGGGUCAUAGAAAGAUCUGGAAAGUGUCAGACAUGUGCAGGUAACAUGACAGAAUGCCCGGGACACUUUGGACACAUAGAGCUGGCAAAGCCAGUCUUCCACGUCGGUUUCAUAACAAAAAUCAUGAAGAUUCUCCGAUGUGUCUGCUUCUUUUGCUCCAAGCUGUUAGUGGAUGCGAAUAAUCCCAAGAUCAAAGACAUCCUAUCUAAAUCUAAAGGUCAGCCCAGAAAGCGCCUGACACAUGUGUAUGAGUUGUGUAAAGGCAAAAACAUCUGUGAGGGAGGGGAGGAGAUGGACAACAAGUUUGGAGUGGAACAGCAAGAGACCGAGGAGGACAUUUCUAAGGAGAAGGGCCAUGGUGGUUGUGGGCGCUACCAGCCCCGUAUCCGGCGCUCCGGUCUGGAGCUGUAUGCUGAGUGGAAGCACGUCAAUGAGGACUCCCAGGAGAAAAAGAUCCUGUUGAGCCCUGAGCGUGUGCAUGAGAUCUUUAAGCGUAUUUCAGAUGAUGAGGAUAUCAUCUUGGGCAUGGACCCGAAGUACGCCCGUCCUGAAUGGAUGAUUGUCACAGUGCUGCCUGUGCCUCCUCUGGCAGUCAGGCCUGCUGUAAUCAUGCAGGGCUCCGCUCGAAACCAAGAUGAUUUGACACAUAAAUUGGCUGACAUUGUCAAGAUCAACAACCAGCUGAGGAGGAAUGAGCAAAGUGGUGCUGCAGCUCACGUCAUUGCCGAAGACGUCAAGCUGCUCCAGUUCCAUGUAGCCACCAUGGUGGACAAUGAAUUGCCAGGCCUGCCCAGGGCAAUGCAGAAAUCGGGCCGACCCCUUAAAUCCAUCAAACAGCGUUUAAAGGGAAAAGAGGGACGAGUCCGAGGCAACCUGAUGGGAAAGCGUGUGGACUUUUCUGCCCGAACUGUCAUCACCCCUGACCCCAACCUACAAAUUGACCAAGUUGGCGUCCCACGAUCCAUUGCAGCCAACAUGACUUUCCCAGAAAUUGUCACACCUUUCAAUAUUGAUAGGUUACAAGAACUGGUGCGAAGAGGCAACAGCCAAUACCCAGGCGCCAAAUAUAUCAUCCGUGACAACGGGGACAGAAUUGACUUGCGGUUCCACCCCAAACCAAGUGACCUUCAUCUACAGAUUGGCUAUAAGGUGGAAAGACAUAUGUGUGAUGGAGACAUCAUCAUCUUUAACAGACAGCCCACACUACAUAAAAUGUCCAUGAUGGGGCAUAGGGUUCGGAUCCUGCCCUGGUCCACCUUUCGUCUUAACCUCAGUGUGACCACCCCAUACAACGCUGACUUUGAUGGAGAUGAGAUGAACCUCCACCUGCCCCAGUCCCUUGAGACCAAGGCAGAGAUUCAGGAGCUCGCCAUGGUGCCACGCAUGAUUGUCACGCCCCAGUCCAACCGGCCCGUUAUGGGAAUUGUGCAGGACACCCUCACAGCUGUGCGCAAAUUCACUAAGAGGGAUGUUUUCUUAGAGAGGGGCGAGGUGAUGAAUCUGCUCAUGUUCCUCUCCACGUGGGAUGGCAAGGUGCCCCAGCCAGCCAUCCUCAAGCCCCGCCCUCUGUGGACGGGCAAGCAGAUCUUCAGCCUCAUCAUUCCGGGACACAUCAACGUCAUCCGCACUCACAGCACCCACCCCGAUGAGGAGGACAACGGGCCUUACAAGCACAUUUCACCGGGAGACACCAAGGUUAUUGUGGAGAAUGGCGAGCUGAUCAUGGGUAUCCUGUGUAAGAAGUCUCUUGGGACCUCGGCUGGCUCCCUGGUCCACAUCUCCUACUUGGAGAUGGGCCAUGAUGUCACCAGGCUCUUCUACUCAAACAUUCAGACUGUGGUCAACAACUGGCUGCUCAUUGAGGGGCACUCCAUUGGUAUCGGGGACUCCAUUGCUGACGCCAAGACAUACCUUGACAUCCAGAAUACAAUCAAGAAAGCCAAACAGGAUGUGAUAGAGGUUAUUGAGAAAGCCCAUAACAAUGAGUUGGAGCCGACUCCUGGUAACACUCUGAGGCAGACCUUUGAGAACCAGGUCAACCGCAUACUCAAUGACGCUCGUGACAAAACGGGAUCCUCUGCUCAGAAGUCCCUGUCUGAAUACAACAACUUUAAGUCCAUGGUGGUAGCUGGUUCCAAGGGUUCAAAGAUUAACAUCUCACAGGUUAUUGCUGUGGUAGGGCAACAAAACGUGGAGGGCAAACGGAUCCCCUUUGGCUUCAAGCACCGCACACUGCCUCACUUCAUCAAAGAUGAUUACGGCCCCGAGAGCAGAGGGUUUGUAGAGAACUCGUAUCUGGCCGGCUUGACGCCAACGGAGUUCUUCUUCCACGCCAUGGGAGGCAGAGAGGGACUUAUCGACACGGCUGUCAAAACUGCCGAGACUGGUUACAUCCAGCGUCGUCUGAUCAAGUCCAUGGAGUCAGUCAUGGUGAAAUAUGAUGCCACAGUGAGGAACUCCAUCAACCAGGUGGUGCAGCUGCGGUACGGUGAGGAUGGCCUGGCUGGGGAGGCUGUAGAGUUCCAGAACAUGGCCACACUCAAACCCUCCAACAAGGCCUUCGAGAAGAAGUUUAAGUUCGACUGCACAAACGAGAGGUCACUGAGACGCACCCUGCAGGAGGAUGUGGUGAAAGACGUGAUGACCAAUGCCCACGUGCAAAGUGCUUUAGAAAGGGAGUUUGAGAAGAUGAGGGAUGACCGAGAGAUCCUUCGUGCCAUCUUCCCUACUGGUGACAACAAGGUGGUGCUGCCGUGCAACCUGGCCAGGAUGAUCUGGAACGCCCAGAAGAUCUUCCGGAUCAACACUCGCACCCCGACCGAUCUCAAUCCGUUACGGGUGGUUGAGGGCGUCCAUGACCUCAGUAAGAAGCUGGUGAUUGUGAAUGGCGAUGACCCGCUGAGCAGGCAGGCCCAACAGAAUGCCACGCUGCUCUUCAACAUCCACCUGCGCUCCACACUCUGCUCCAAACGCAUGACCGAGGAGUUCCGUCUCUCCACAGAGGCCUUUGACUGGCUGCUAGGAGAGAUAGAGACCCGGUUCAACCAGUCUAUUACUCACCCAGGUGAGAUGGUGGGAGCCCUGGCUGCCCAGUCAUUGGGAGAGCCUGCCACACAGAUGACCCUCAACACCUUCCAUUAUGCCGGUGUGUCUGCCAAGAACGUCACGCUGGGUGUGCCGCGUCUCAAGGAGUUGAUCAACAUCUCAAAGAGGCCCAAAACGCCCUCGCUGACAGUGUUCCUGCUCGGCCAGGCGGCCCGUGAUGCCGAGAGGGCCAAGGACAUCCUCUGUCGACUGGAACACACUACUCUGCGCAAGGUGACAGCCAACACCGCCAUCUACUAUGAUCCCAACCCCCAGAGCACGGUGGUGACAGAGGAUCAGGAGUGGGUCAACGUCUACUAUGAGAUGCCCGACUUUGAUGUGUCACGUAUUUCACCCUGGCUGCUGCGUAUUGAGCUCGACCGCAAACACAUGACCGAUCGCAAGCUGACUAUGGAGCAGAUUGCUGAAAAGAUUAAUGCAGGUUUCGGAGAUGACCUGAACUGUAUCUUCAAUGACGACAAUGCUGAAAAGCUAGUUCUGCGAAUCAGAAUUAUGAACAGUGAUGAAAACAAGUUCCAAGAGGAUGAAGAGGUUGUGGACAAGAUGGACGAUGAUGUCUUCCUGAGAUGCAUUGAGUCCAAUAUGCUGACAGACAUGACAUUGCAGGGCAUCGAGCAGAUCAGCAAGGUGUACAUGCACUUGCCCCAGACCGACAAUAAGAAGAAGAUCAUCAUUACAGAGGAUGGUGAAUUCAAGGCAUUACAGGAGUGGAUCCUUGAGACAGACGGAGUGGGCCUCAUGAGGGUACUCAGUGAGAAAGACGUCGAUCCCGUCAGGACCACCUCCAACGACAUCGUGGAGAUCUUCACGGUGCUUGGUAUCGAGGCUGUGCGGAAGGCUCUGGAGAGGGAGUUGUACCACGUCAUUUCCUUUGACGGUUCCUACGUCAACUACCGCCACCUGGCCCUGCUCUGUGACACUAUGACAUGUCGAGGCCACCUGAUGGCCAUCACACGUCACGGUAUCAACCGUCAAGACACGGGACCUCUUAUGAAGUGCUCCUUCGAGGAGACGGUGGAUGUGCUGAUGGAGGCUUCAUCCCACGGUGAAAACGACCCGAUGAAGGGUGUGUCUGAGAACAUCAUGUUGGGCCAGUUAGCCCCGGCCGGGACAGGCUGCUUUGACUUGCUGCUGGAUGCUGAGAAGUGUAAAUACGGCAUGGAGAUCCCAACAAAUAUACCCGGCAUCAGUGUGGCAGGACCUACUGGAAUGUUCUUCGGCUCAGCGCCCAGUCCUAUGAGCGGCAUGUCCCCAGCCAUGACCCCAUGGAACACAGGAGCGACCCCUGCCUACGGCGCGUGGUCCCCCAGUGUUGGAAGUGGCAUGACACCUGGAGCAGCCGGCUUCUCGCCCAGUGCAGCAUCCGAUGCAAGUGGCUUCUCUCCAGGCUACUCCCCGGCCUGGUCCCCCACCCCGGGCUCUCCUGGGUCUCCAGGCCCAGCAAGUCCAUACAUCCCCUCUCCAGGUGGGGCGAUGUCUCCCAACUACUCGCCCACCUCCCCGGCGUACGAGCCUCGUUCCCCGGGCGGCUACACCCCGCAGAGUCCUGGCUACUCCCCUACAUCGCCUUCCUACUCCCCCACCUCACCCUCCUACUCCCCUACCAGCCCCAACUACAGCCCCACCUCCCCCUCCUACUCACCCACCUCCCCCAGCUAUUCCCCGACCUCCCCCUCUUAUUCACCCACAUCUCCCUCCUACUCUCCUACUUCACCGUCCUACUCCCCGACCUCGCCCUCAUACUCGCCCACCUCCCCGUCAUAUUCACCCACCUCCCCAAGCUACAGCCCUACCUCCCCCUCCUACUCCCCCACCUCCCCAUCCUACUCGCCCACUUCCCCUUCUUAUUCGCCCACCUCUCCUUCUUACUCGCCCACCUCCCCGUCAUACUCGCCCACCUCCCCGUCAUACUCCCCCACCUCUCCUUCUUAUUCGCCCACCUCGCCAAGCUACAGCCCCACCUCGCCCAACUACACGCCCACCUCCCCAAGCUACUCCCCAACAUCGCCUUCCUACUCUCCCACAUCGCCCUCGUACUCCCCGACGUCGCCCAACUAUACCCCAACCAGCCCCAACUACUCCCCCACCUCACCCUCCUACUCCCCCACUUCCCCAUCCUACUCCCCCUCCAGCCCACGCUACACCCCGCAGUCACCCACAUACACGCCAAGCUCGCCCUCCUAUAGCCCGAGCUCACCCUCCUACUCCCCGACCUCCCCCAAAUACACCCCAACCUCGCCCUCCUACAGCCCCAGCUCCCCAGAGUACACCCCCACCUCCCCAAAAUACUCGCCCACCUCGCCCAAGUACUCGCCCACAUCUCCGAAGUACUCCCCCACUUCCCCCACCUACUCCCCGACGACUCCCAAGUACAGCCCCACAUCGCCCACCUACUCGCCCACCUCGCCGACCUACACCCCGACCAGCCCCAAAUACUCUCCAACGUCCCCCACCUACUCCCCGACCUCACCCAAGUACUCCCCAACCUCACCUACCUACUCGCCGACGAGUCCCAAAGGCUCCACCUACAGCCCCACCUCCCCUGGGUACAGCCCCACCUCCCCCACCUACAGCCCUGCCAUUAGCCCCGACGACAGUGACGAGGAGAACAACUGAGCUGCUGAGGAGAAGGGGAGGCAACUAGAGGCAGGCGCCUUUACUGCCCAUCACAAACAAAUGCCCCACCCCCUCAAUUUGUGGGUGGGCAACUGAAGGAUGGCGCCUCCUUUAACCCCCACCGGAGGAGGUGGUGAUGGUUCUUCUGCUUCCAUCAGAGACUCCUGCUUGUGAAUUUCUUUUUAAUUUCAUGGAAGUCCUUUUCUGAAAAAAAAAUUUUUUUUUUUCCAACCAUCUUCGGGAGCAGGCCCCAACCCCUGACCCCCGGCCUCCCCAAGAUAAAAUCUACUACUAAUUGUACUUGAUAGACUGAACUUAUUUAGCCAGGAGGAAAAGGCUGCCUUUUUUGAAUUUUACAAUGGCUUGUUUUUAAUUUUCCAAAGGGAUGUUGGAGCAGACUUAUAACAAGUGGCAAGGAACGAAAACGAGAGGGAGCUGUGGUGAACGUAUUGAGGAGGGGGGGAAACUGUUCCUGUUUACCCGAUCUUUCGCUGCGUCCAGUCUCUCUCUCUCUUCAGUUCAGUGUUGGAUGUAUGGCUGUUUUUGGAAAGUAUUGCCAAAAGCCUUUGAAAAGCUACAAGUGGAUUAUAUUUAUCACCUAAAGCAUAAGCUUGAAAAAAAAAAAGGAGGUGGUAGGGCUGAGCCAGAACUUUGUUGUGGAUUUUAUCAAGGCGUACCUUGUUAAGACCCCCUUUUCCUGUUUUUGUAAAUGUACAUUUGUCGUCAGUUUUGGGGGUUGUUUUAUAGAGGAUGGGGGGGGCUUCUUUAUUAAAUACGAGCCUUUGGGUCAUAACGGAGGAGAAACGAAGGUUCAGACUCACUACAGCGUGGUACUUUGGUGAAUAAGUCGUCGUCCUCGCGGCGGGCUGUCACUGGCCACAGCCCUUGAAACGCGCAGCGGCGGCGGCGGCACGAAGUAGCUAAAGAACACCGAGACGCCGACAGACGGGGAAACAAGACGAGAGAGAGAGAGAGAGAGAAGCUGGCACGCAAGGCGAACGAAACUCUUGCGAUCUCUUGUGCGUCAUCGCCUCUCAUUAACAUCACUCGGGACAUAUCCAUUAUAUCUACCCAUCACCCUCUCCUCUUCUCCUCUCACAGCCCGAACACAAACCUAAAAGAUGUCAUGACAACAUCCACCAGCAUCAUUUUUGUCCAUCUCCAUUUAAAGACUCAUACUACAAAAAGCAAAAAGUUGUUUGUUUUGUUUUGUUUUUUUUCUUCUCCAGAUGAUAUUGUGAUUUCUACGGGGAAAAAAAGUUAUUACUGUCAGAAUGUUUAAUCUGUCUUCGAUUUCGACUCUAGGAGGAUUUGGGCUGUCUGUGGAUGAGGGAUUAUAGUUUGGCAUUGCUGCUUCUGUUAUAAUUUGCAUGAGUAGCAAAUGUUAAAAUGCAUUUUUAAUCGAGCUUUAGGUUGAAGUCUGCAUCCCCUCCACUCCUCGGCAACUCUUGUCCCAUUUCUGGUAGUUGACGUGUACACGAGUUUUCACUUUAUUUGGACUCGCUGUUCAACUUUAUUUAAGAUUAAAAAAAGAAAAGAAAAAAAAGGUUAACUAUUCUGUGUGCGUAAGAAUAGAGGAAAAAAACAUUUCUUUGCUUUUUGUUUUGCUUUCGGUGACUUUGUGAGGCUGUUUUUGGCGGGCGGCUCAAUGUUGAGACACUGUGGAUGAAGAGGCCGGGGACGGAGAGGAGUCGAGUUCCUCCCCUCCCGAUUCUUAAGUCGUCCUAAGUUUAGCCCGCGUGGCCCCUCUUUACAUCGAGGGCAACAGCCACGUUCACCAACAGUAGGACAAAAUGUGAUUUCCUGACAUUUUUCCCACUAGGAAGUGUUGCAGCUUCAGUUUGUCCUCCAGUUCUCGCGGGGCCACAGUUAAACGUUAGUCAAGCACUACAUUGGCAGUUGCGUUUUUGGGUCAGUUCGUCGUUUCAUCUUGUACGGGGACGAAUAAUUGCUGAACUGAACGAUGCGUUAAUGCCGGAGACUCCUCUAAAGGACAAACGGCGGGUUUGGUUUCUUAUAACCGCCGGAUUAAAAUUCAUUUCAAGGGUGCUUUCAUUAUUUGACCAGGCCCAGUUUGAUUGGAUUUGAGGGGACGUUGCUGAUCUCCAUGACUGACAGUUGAGCGCGCGCGCGCACACACACACACACACACACACACACACAGACACAGACACAGACACACACAUUCGACAUAAAUCCCCAAAGUGAUUAAACGGGCUUGGUUUCCUCUGUCCCCUCCACUUCAUCCACAAGUGAUCCUGAUCGUUUCUGAAAUCAGUGUUUGUUCUUUUUUUAAUUAUAUAUAGAUACACAUAUAUAUAUUAUAUAAAUAUAUAUAUACUAGUCUAUGUUACCUGUGAUUUGGA